CAUCCGUGCAGUACCCGUACCGGCCGCACAUACCCUAGCCCCUAACGCGGAGAGCCGCCAUGGGAGUCAAGGGACUCUGGAGGCUCCUCCUCCCCAUCGGCCGGCGCAUCUCGAUCGAGACCCUCGAGGGCCGGRUCCUGGCGAUCGACGCGAGCAUCUGGCUGACCCAGUUCCUGACGGUGGCCGCCCGRCAGCGGGAUCCGAACGACCCGGCCUCCCACGGGGGGAGGCGGAACGCCGCMUGCUACUCGUGCGACUACCUGGUGGGCUUCCUGAGGCGGCUGUGCCGGCUCCGGUACCAGGGCGUCCGGCCCGUCCUGGUCUUCGACGGGGCCACCCCGGAGAUCAAGAGGAGGGAGCUGGCGGACCGGGCCAGAAGGAAGCGCAGGCGCGGCUUUGGGGAGGACCACCGCKCCCUGUUUCCGAGGGAAGGCAGCGGCAAAAGCGGCRACGGCAACGCCAGCGACGGCGACGACGAGUGGAGGGAGGCCACCCGYCGCAUGGCCAAGCGGAUCCUCGCGAGGCAGCUCCGGAGCGGGGAGCUCUCGACGACCAAGAAAAACAGGGCGGUGGGCAAGGCAGACGCGGCAACCAACAACAACAGCAGCAGCAGCAGCAGCAGUAGCAGCAACAGCAACAACAACAAUCACCAAGAACAGCAACAACAUCAACGCAAGCGACAAAAGACCGCGGGGGCAUCCAAAACCUCCUACGCUACCGGGUUUUACGAUCCGGAUGCCGCGGCGGCCGAGGAUGCCACGAAUAAACACCUCCAACCCGACAACAACAACAACAACGAAAAUGACGACGACGACGACCACUUGCUACAAGACGAUUAUACUUCCAACAAUCGGUUCCAAGAAGCGGUCAACGAUUUCGAUGCGGCCAUUGUGGUUCACAGCGACGGGGACGAUGAAAACAACAACAACAACAACAACAACAAGAACGACAACAAGAACAACGAAUUCGAGAACAGCGACGACGAAUUUCGACCGUCCGUCGAAGACACCCGCCGCGGCCGCCGCCGGCCCUACCCCCGGAAACGGGGAAAGCAAACGGAGCCGGUCUACGAUUCGUCGCGCUUCCACGACGGGGACGGGACCGGCUUCAGGGUCGAUUCGGUGGCGGGCCUCCCCGAGAGCGCCCGCCGGGGGAUCAUCGAGGACGUCCAGCGGGAGCGGAGGAUGGCCUCCCGCCGGGAGUUCCUGGGGGUCGCCUCCAACCCGGAGGAGCUCUCGGGCUGCCAGAUCCGGAACUUUCUCAAGUCGACCCGUCUCAAGAAGGACAUUGCGGAGAUGGCGAGGGCGGCCACCAAGAGGGCCGAGGAGGAGGCCAAGAUGGCCCGGGGGAACGGGAUCCUCUUCGAAAAGGAGGGGGCCUGCGCCGGCCCCCAAGAACCGGCUGGUGGACACCGCCGCCGCAGGCACUAUCGGGACCACGGAGUACCGUCCGGGAGGAGACAAACCCCGAGCAGGAUGCGCAUGUUUCCYUUCAAGGGGUCGCGAGCGACGGAAAGCGGCCACAGCGACGACGAACACGACUUUCACAAGGCCAGGAACAACCACUACCUGGCGGGUGGGAUUCGGUUCGAAACCGGCGACCGGAACAACCCCGACAACCAGAACGACGUCGAAGUCGGAGUCGACAACACGGCGAAGAACGGGGUGGAACCCCCAACGAUCGCCGCCACCCUCGAGGACKGGGGCGGUGGAUUCGGGGUUCCCAUUGCGGACGGUUCCAGACCUCUGCUCGGGCGCGGGCGGGAAAACGAGAGCCAAGGCGACGACGACGACGACGACGACGGUAGCGGGGCCACCGAACUCGAURGYGGCAGCGAAGGCGGAGGCGRCAGCGCACCCKGGGGAUUUGGUGGCGGCCGUUCCCCGAGCGCGGCCUCGCAAAAGGCCGCCCAGGAAUCGCAAGACGAGGCCCUGGCCCGGGCCCUGCAAGCGAUCGAGGACGGGGAAGACCCCUCCGAGAACCCGCACCCGYUGUGGAAUCGGAAGCAUCUCCGCGGGGAGCCAGCCGGCCACGGGGACUGCAUCGAAAUCCUCGACGGCAGCGAAAGCGACAGSGAGAGCGAGCCCGGGGGCGGUGGAUUCCURCCAACGCCUGCGUCCGUUCCGGGAAGGGCCRAGCGGGAACGAGACGACGCCAUCCUUGCCCGGGAUCUCCAGGCGGCRGAGUACGASCGAGACGAACCAUGGGGUGGAGGGGGGGGCUUUUUGCCCGUGGAGGACGAAGCGGGCGGAGGCGGCGAGGGGAAGCCCGCGGCGUUUUCGGAAUCCGGGCCCGAGACGGGACGGGGCGAACGCGACGAGAGAGAGAAGACCGACCGGGAGGAAGACAGUGGUGGUGGUGGUGGUGGUGGGUUCUUGGUGGAAGAACAAGGCCGGGAAUUCAAAACGCCAUCGUCUCGGCGGGAACAACCAGCACUAUCGCUAUCCGCGGGCGUAGCCACGAACCGAGAUUCGCUCCUUACCGAGCUGGAGGAAACCCCGCUUGGCUCGAAUGUCUUUUCGUGUGGAGCAAACGCGUCGUCGCACGGCAUCUUCUCGAUGAGCCAGCAACCAAGGAAAUCAACCAAGCCGUCGGUUGGGGAGCUCCUCGUCUGCAAUUCGUCRUCGGAUGAYGACGACKACGAGAACGAGAACGUGGACUGGGAAGACGGCGAMGGCAACCCCGAAAGCAUUGGAUUCGCAAUAAGAGACCACCGCGCUGGACCAAAAAGCCAAGCCAAAGAAWCAUYUCCAAUCAGUGAGCAAGGGAAAGCACCCCGGCCGGAGCUUCUCGUGUGCCAUUCAUCGUCGGAUGAGGACGACGAUGGUGAGAAUGUGGACUGGGAAGACGGCGACGGUAAUAGCAAUAGCAACCACCAAAGCAAUAAAUCUGAAACAAGGGUUUAUCAGACUGCACAAAAUAGCCAAGAAAAAGAAACGGUUGCCAUCAGCCAGGAACGAAAAGCAAGCCAACCCUUGAUCGCGGAGCUUCUCGUGUGCAAUUCGUCCUCGGAAGACGACGAAGAGGUAGAUUGGGAAGACGGAAACGACAAAACAAACAAUAAGGAGACUCUUGGCCUUGGUGAAACCGACAGCAGCAAGAUCCCAGCGCAAAUGACUUCCACAAAAUCCACGGGAGUGGAAAUUGGAAUACGUCCCUCUUUCUCGAACAAAGAUUGCGUUGGUGACGACGGCGACGACGAUGGUGAUGAGAAUGACAAUGACACCAUCGAUUGGGAAGAUGGCAACACUAACACCAUUAACCAAAGAAAGGACACCAAAGAUAACAAACCUUCUCUACCGAUGACUUGCAGAACCAAAAACAAGAUUUCUCUGAGUGUUGACAASCUUGAUGAUGAGGAUGAGAGUGGUCAUCGAGGAAAUGACAACAAUGCCGAAACCGAGAACACCGAAAUAAKGUUGGARCGAGGAGRGACUACAGGGGAAAACCAGAAAAAUCCGAUUGACUUGGAUGCUUUUGUCACCAUUGACGAGARCGACAACAACGGUGCAAUGGAUUGGAAAGAGGGCGACAACGAUYUUCGGUCGUCAAUGAAGCAACUCGAUCCCACAGCAGUCGAAGCAUUGKAUUCGAAAAUAUUGGUGCACAAGCGAGUCGAAUUACUAGAGAACAAAAAAAGGGACGUCCUUGAGAAGAAUAGUGAUGAUUGUGAAGGAGAAGAUGCAAAUGAAAAUGAUGAUGGCGAUGAUGAUGAUGAUGAUGAUGAUGAUCUUAUAGUUUGGGAAGACGGGAACAGUAAUAUCAAUGAGAAAGGAAAAGAACCAAUUGAUCUAUCAACAUCCAUGACGUUAGCCGAAUCGUCCAAAACUCCGGCUAUCAGAAAUACCAAAAAUUCUGACGAAGACGAURUGAAUUGGGAAGAAGAGCAGAMAAGCGAUUYUUUUACUGAUAAAAAGGUGAUGACCGAACUAGAAGACAAGUCCCUGCAAAUCUCAGACAACCUACAGAGUCCGACACUGGUGAAAGCCAGCAAAUAUUUCGAAAACGAAACCACAACAGCAUCUAUCGAAACCAAAGUGGUAGAUGUGGACGAUGAUGACGACGAUCAGAUUGAUUGGGAAGCAGGAGCAACGCAAGAAAGCAMUAUUAUGAUUGGUGCGGAUGACUGGGGAUCCACAAAGACCAAAUCUUCGGACGAAAUAGCAGCAGCAUUAGAGCACGCACAAGGAACGGCAGCCAAUCUUACGAAUUGGGCUGGGAGAGCUUUUCGAAGAGCAAUCGCGCAGCAUGCCCUCGAAAAUGGGAUGGAGAUCCCCAAGUCAGCAAAACCAUGYGUGUUGAACAGCAAAGCAAGUGACACAGAURAAGAUGCAUUGASUUUGAAUAAAGUUGAAUCUGAUAUUCACUCCACACAAGGAAGAACUCGGGAGCGAUCGGAAUCAAAGAAAAAUCAUCCACUCGAUAGGAAUACUCGAAACAACAAGAUCGACAAUUCUGAUUGGUUGAAGCARUUUGAUCAGACAAUAUCUCCAGCAACAGACUUCUCGAUAGCGCCCAAAGAAGCCAUUCAAUCGGAUCAGAUGAUGGAUCCAACAAACACAGGUAUAACAGACGAAAUGCGGGCCGAGGUAAUGCAGCUCCUGCGCCUGUUUGGGGUUCCCUAYGUUGUUGCUCCGGCCGAAGCCGAAGCCCAAUGUGUCGAACUGGAAAAAUUGGGGCUCGUAGAUGGCAUCGUAACAGAAGAUAGCGAUACUUUUGUUUUUGGAGGAGAGGUAGUUUACAAAAACAUCUUCGAAGACAAGAAGUUUGUAGAAGUCUAUCACGCCAAGGACGCUAGCGAGGAAAUGAAUUUAAAUCAGGACGCACUAGUUGCCCUGGCUAUGCUACUUGGUGGAGACUACACAGAAGGUGUGAAAGGUGUUGGGAUCGUGAACGGAAUGGAAAUUUUGCAAGCAUUUGAUGUAGCACAAGACUGCAAAGCCGGAUUGACGCGUUUUCGUAAAUGGCUGGAUGGAUUCGACCCUCUUUAUUCGGCGAAGAACAAUAACAGCGCGACAAACAUCACCGGUGCUAGUACCGAAAAGGARAAAAGCUUCCACAAAAAGCACCAUACAGCUCGCAAUCGAUGGAUCGCUCCGAAGCACUUUCCCGAUCCCAAGGUUCUGAAUGCAUACUUGCACCCGGUGGUAGAUACGUCGAGGGAGCAGUUCUCUUGGGGUAUUCCGGAUCUCGAUGGUCUUGUGACCUUUUGCCAUAGUCACAUGGGUUGGACUGAUGAUGAGACAAAGAAAGUCAUUGAUCCGAUUAUCCGACGAAUGGAAGAUAAAUCAAUGAGACAGACACGAAUUGAUUCAUUUAUGCGCUACGAGGAUGGCAUCAAAUUUGCCAAGAUUCAAUCCAAACGACUUCGAAGUGUAUUGGGRCUGUCUCCCCUGGAAUCAAGCCAUCCGCAGCCRYGGCGGAGGAAGACGGCCGGUGCAACAGCACCUGAAUCGUUUGAAGAGCACAAAGAAGCUGGCAGUGACGAUUCCCUCGAUGAACUAGACGAGGAYUUUUCUAUUAAUCCAAUAACAGUAACACAAAAUAUCAAUCGCAAUUCAGCAACGCAAGAGUUCGAAGUACCUCGCUCCGAAUGGAAAACCAAGGCAACAAAAGACCCUGCACCGAAACAASCCAAUGGGAAACGAACCAUGAGCUUAGCCGCUCUUUCGAGUGCAUCCGCAUCCACUACCAAAAUUGCCACAGGUAGCACRAGUAAUAAUAUGGGAAAAAGCUCCGCGAUCGAUGAUGCGUUGGCAGUCUCUGUGACAAAGCGCCGAACGUUAAMCACUAACCUACCAAAAACAKCCCCKCCCGCGUACCAAAAACGUUCCRCAGCUAUACUGGAGGAAGAAAACUCCUUGAACUCAAAGCCAGAGGGGGAAAACCAAAGCAAAUCCGGGACUACUUACGAAGUAAUCAACCCAUCCAUGAUUUGAUCAGAUAGAUACAUUGAAAUAGAUAGAAACGAAAUCA